GGGGCGGGGCGGGCGGGGGCAUGUUGCGGUGGCUCCGCCAGCAGCUGGGCUUUGACCCACCACAUCAAAGUGACACAAGAACUAUUUACAUAGCAAAUCGAUUUCCUCAGUACGGCCAUUACAUUCCACAGAAAUUUGCAGAUAACAGAAUCAUAUCAUCUAAGUAUACUGUGUGGAAUUUUGUUCCCAAAAAUUUGUUUGAACAGUUCAGAAGAGUAGCAAAUUUUUAUUUUCUUAUUAUAUUUUUGGUUCAGCUUAUGAUUGAUACUCCUACCAGUCCCGUUACUAGUGGGCUUCCACUGUUCUUUGUGAUAACUGUAACAGCCAUAAAGCAGGGAUACGAAGACUGGCUAAGGCACAAAGCAGACAAUGAAGUGAAUGGAGCUCCGGUUUAUGUUGUUCGGAGCGGUGGCCUUGUAAAAACUAGAUCAAAAAACAUUAGGGUGGGUGAUAUUGUCAGAGUAGCCAAAGAUGAAACUUUCCCUGUUGAUUUGGUGCUUCUAUCUUCGGAUAGAAUGGAUGGCACGUGUCAUGUUACUACUGCUAGCUUGGAUGGAGAAACCAACCUUAAGACACACAUCGCAGUCCCGGAAACAGCAGUAUUACAGACAGUUGCCAACUUGGAUACCCUUAUCGCUGUAAUAGAAUGUCAGCAACCAGAAGCGGAUUUGUACAGGUUUGUUGGAAGAAUAACAGUGAACCACCAGAUGGAAGAAAUUGUAAGACCACUGGGUCCUGAAAGUCUCUUGCUUCGCGGAGCCAGGUUAAAAAACACAAAAGAAAUUUUUGGUGUUGCUGUAUAUACAGGUAUGGAAACUAAGAUGGCAUUAAAUUACAAGAGUAAAUCACAGAAACGAUCGGCAGUAGAGAAGUCCAUGAAUUCCUUUUUGAUCGUCUACCUAAUAAUCCUCCUUUUUGAAGCCAUCCUCAGUACUAUUCUGAAGUAUGCCUGGCAAAUGGAAGAAAAAUGGGAUGAACCGUGGUAUAACCAAAAAACAGAGCAUGAAAGAAACAGCAGUAAGAUUCUGAGAUUUAUUUCGGACUUCCUUGCUUUUCUGGUUCUCUACAAUUUUAUCAUACCAAUUUCACUGUAUGUGACAGUUGAGAUGCAGAAAUUUCUUGGAUCCUUUUUUAUCGGAUGGGAUCUUGAUCUGUAUCACGAAGAAACAGAUCAGCGAGCUCAAGUCAAUACUUCAGAUCUGAAUGAGGAACUGGGACAGGUGGAAUACGUGUUUACGGAUAAAACCGGUACAUUAACAGAAAAUGAAAUGCAGUUUCGGGAAUGUUCGAUUAAUGGAAUUAAGUACCAUGAAAUUAAUGGCAGUCUUGUACCAGAAGGACGUACAGCAGAUUCUCCAGAUGGAAUCAGACCAAGACUUCUCCAAGAAGAGGAACUCUUCAUGAAAGCAGUCUGCCUCUGUCACACGGUACAGAUCAGUGCUGAUCAAACCGACAGCCUUGGAGAUAAUUCCUGGUUUUCCAAUGGAGUGUCAUCUCAGUUGGAAUAUUAUGCUUCCUCCCCAGAUGAAAAGGCUUUAGUUGAAGCAGCUAGGAGAGUUGGUGUUGUAUUUACUGGCACUAGUGGAGAAGCUAUGGAAAUUAAAAGUCUUGGAACACCUGAAAGAUACAAAUUGCUUCACGUUCUGGAGUUUGAUGCGGAUAGAAGGCGAAUGAGUGUGAUCGUAGAGUCCCCUUCCCAUGAGAAGCUUUUGUUCACUAAAGGAGCUGAAUCUGCCAUUCUUCCUUACAGUACAAGGGGAGAAAUAGACAAAACGAGGAUUCAUGUUGAUGAAUUUGCUUUGAGAGGACUGAGAACUCUGUGUGUGGCCUAUAGGCGAUUCACAGCUCAAGAAUAUCUUGAAAUCGAUAAACGCCUAAUGGAAGCCAGAACUGCCUUACAACAGCGAGAACAGAAAUUAGCAGAGGUAUUCAAUUUCAUUGAGAACGAUCUGGAAUUGCUUGGGGCUACAGGAGUGGAAGACAGACUUCAAGAUAAAGUCCAAGAAACUAUUGAAGCCUUGAGAAUGGCCGGUAUCAAGAUAUGGGUUCUUACUGGAGAUAAACACGAAACGGCCGUCAGCGUGAGCUUAUCAUGUGGACAUUUUCACAGAGCCAUGAACAUCCUUGAACUUACGCAGCAGAAAUCCGACAGCGAUUGUGCAGAAAAGCUGAGACAACUGGCCAAAAGGAUACAGGAGGAUCACGUGAUUCAGCAUGGACUCGUCGUAGAUGGGACCAGCCUCUCUCUUGCACUCAGGGAACAUGAGAAAUUAUUCAUGGAAGUUUGCAGAAAUUGUUCCGCUGUGUUAUGCUGUCGAAUGGCUCCUCUUCAGAAAGCUAAAGUAGUGCGACUGUUAAAAACCUCUCCAGAGAAACCAAUAACAUUAGCCAUUGGUGAUGGUGCUAAUGAUGUAAGCAUGAUACAAGAGGCACACGUUGGCAUCGGAAUCAUGGGGAAAGAAGGCAGGCAAGCUGUAAGAAACAGUGACUAUGCAAUAGCAAGAUUUAAAUUCCUUUCCAAGUUGCUUUUUGUCCAUGGCCAUUUUUACUAUAUUAGAAUAGCAACCCUUGUACAGUACUUUUUUUAUAAGAAUGUGUGUUUUAUUACACCGCAGUUUUUAUAUCAGUUCUUUUGUUUGUUUUCACAACAAACAUUAUACGACAGCGUGUACCUGACUUUGUACAAUAUUUGUUUUACUUCGUUACCUAUACUGAUGUACAGUCUCUUUGAACAGCACGUACACCCUCACGUGUUACAGAGCAAGCCUACUCUCUAUCGAGACAUAAGUAAAAAUUCCCAUCUGGGCAUUAGAACAUUUCUUUAUUGGACUCUGCUGGGUUUUAGCCAUGCCUUCAUUUUCUUUUUUGGCUCAUACCUUCUAAUGGGAGAAGACACAUCUCUGUUGGGAAAUGGCCAGAUGUUUGGAAACUGGACAUUUGGCACUUUGGUCUUCACGGUAAUGGUUAUUACAGUCACAGUAAAGAUUGCUUUGGAGACUCAUUUCUGGACCUGGAUAAACCACUUUGUUACUUGGGGUUCCAUUGUAUUCUACUUUAUAUUCUCCUUAUUUUAUGGGGGAAUUAUCUGGCCAUUUUUGCAUACCCAGGACAUGUACUUUGUAUUCGUUCAGCUUCUCUCCAGUGGUUCUGCUUGGUUUGCCAUAAUCAUCAUAGUAGUUAUUUGUCUGUUUCUUGAUGUUGUGAAGAAAGUGCUUUAUAGACAUCUUCAGCCUACGAGUACUGAAAAGGCCCAGCUCUCUGAAACAAAUUCAAGUAUCAACUGCCUGGAUUCCAUGUGCUGUUUCUCGGAAGGGGAAACAGCAUGUGCAUCUCUUGGAAGAACGCUGGGGCGAGUAAUGAGAAGAUGUAAUCCUGCCCGAGUCAACAGAUCCUGGAGUGCAUCGGAUCCCUUCUAUACCAACGACCGAAGCAUCCUGACUCUCUCCACAAUGGAUUCAUCUCUUUGUUAAAGAGACUCUAAUAGGAUGUGGGGCCCUUAGGUCCCUUAUCCUAGGUUUCAAACAAGUUCAGUGUCGCUUUCCCCAGGAAGUGUACCAGUCGAUAAAAACAUCUCCUGAAACUUUUGUAGAUUUCAGCAAAACAGCAAUCCACAAAACUCCACAGCCAUUAAAUACUGUGCGGUUGCUUCCGUCGUACUUUUUCCACUCUAACCCCUCACAUAAGUCAGUAAAUUCUGCCGAUUUCCUUGUGAGAUAGCCCACGGGUUGCUGGGGUCCCGAAUGGCAAUUUAGUUUGUCGCUGCAGCUCUUUUGGAUGUCAAAAAGAGGUACUUCUGUUUACGUGUUUUGUUUUUUAGUUAGUUAAGUACUGACCUAUUUAAAUCUGCUUCGGUACAUUUUCGGUUGAAAUGUUGUACUUUGAAAAUGAUAUUUCAUCAUUUAAGACUCAUAGUGCUGCUUCUUGUGGCUAAAUUUUAGCUAUGUGCAAAUAAAAAAAAAAGUGCUAACCAACUUUGAUACCCCACAGUAAGACACUUUUAAAAAGUUAAGUUUGUUGGAAACUUUUAAAGAAAUGAAAAUCCAUUCAGCUUAAUGUUGCCCACAUCGUGGAGCUGUGCUAAAACGUCUAAACUGGCAGCCAAAAACAGUGAAGCCAAUCCUCUUUCCUUCAAAUAGCAUGCACUUAUUCCUACCCAAUUUCUUCAUAAAAAUGAGUAGUCAUCUUUUAGGAGGAAUUGAAGAAACGACCUAAUUUGUGGAUUAGGGUUUUCACUAGUGCAAUUUUUAAUCUUUUAACAUUAAUAGGUUCUUUCGCAGUUUAUUCCAGGUUAAUGUAUUUAUAUUUGGCCUUUAUGUAUCUUCAAUUAAGAACCGAAUUAUUUUUCUUGGGUCUUCUUUAAUCUCUCAAGGCUCUGCUGACAUUUUGUUUGAAAACACUGUAAAGUACAAAUGUCAAAAAGACAAAUGAGUUGGAACAGUAUCGUAUCUUAAAAAUUUGCCCUUAUACAGAUGCAAGUGUAAGGGGUAUUGAGUAGAUCAAAACUGAGCCACAUGGUUUAAAAGGAGGGUCCGUUUCUCUGCCUAAUUGAAGCCUGGAAUUUCCCAGAGUCAUCUUUGGCUUUGAGUUCUUUCUGUUUGUAUGUUUGGUCAAUUAGAAUACCAAUUCAGUCGCAAUCUAUGUGACAUUUGACUCCACUGUCCACUUGAUGCGGAUUAAUGCCAAAGUUUAUUAUGAUGCACAGUCUUCUUUGCAUUAAAGGGAUCUUUAACCAGAAAGGGCCAAAGGAAAAUGAAAUCUGUCUUUUCCUUCAUAAGUGUCUUUUCAGGCCUUUCUGAAAGGGAAGAUAUUUUGAAAGGAAAAAAUUAUUCAAAAUAUGCUUGAAGAGGAAAAUACUGAGUUUGUAAUGUUUUCAAGCAUUUUAGUUCUAUCUAUGUAUUUACUAUUUAAAUUUGGUUGUCAUUUAUAUUUAUUAAGUUCAGGAGAGGAAAUUUGUUUUGAAACAUGAGAAAGAUCGUUACCUUAGGAAAUCAUCUUAGAGCAUAAAUAUGAAACUUUUAUAAAUACAAGUUGAGUGUACGUAGACCAAAGAUUGAUUAUAGAUUAGCUUUCCUUAUAUAUGGGGAUUCAGUGUCCCCUUUUCCUCCCAUUUAUGUAAAGCUCUUGGAAACCAGCAGGAAUUAGACUUACCUUGGUACUGGUAAACUAUUCCCUUCUUGGUAAUUUAAUACUGUGUGUUUUUCAGUAAUGCAAGAACACUGUAUUCUGAAUAAUAGCCUAAUGAUAAUUCAACUUGGUAUAUUCCUUCACGUUAUUGGAGGGGUUUUUCUUUUGUUUUUCAAAAUAAGGGCAUUUAAACUGCGUAGGGAAGAAUACAACAGGCAAAAUUUUAAAUCCUUAGUAGAGAAUACAAAAGCAGCACCAUACAUAUGUGGUGGGGUCAUGGAAUCCCUUUUGUUCGAGCCACGAACUAUAACAAGGACCAGUAAUCAUUAAGUUAUCUGUCAUGGCACGUUUGGGUUGGAGUUGGUACCCAGGCAGCGUUCUGAUGUCCAUCUGUUCACUGGAGUGGCACGUAAAGUCUAGGAUAAGCGUUCAUCUUAUAGAUUAGGGAAGAAGGGGCUCAAUCAUCUUUUGAAAUACUUUAAAGCUUCUCCCCCUUUAGGUAUCACUCUUCAACUUUUUAUCACACCGUCGUGUAGCUGGCAUUCAUUCUGAUUGUAUUGGUACGCAACACCUAACCCAAAUAAGGGGAGUUGGAAGAGGGAUUUUUCUUUUAAGAAAAUUAAGUAUGCACUUUACUGAAGAUGUAAUGCAAACUUUGUAUUUUAUACAACUGUUAAAAUAUAUUCUCUAAAGGUGGACGUCACACAUGACGAAACCGUUGUUUUAGAGCCAGUGCUAUUUAUACACGAGUUUCUGCUAAUUCCAAUACAUUCCCUAAAUUCCUUGUAAAAUGUUGCAUUCAAAAGUUGAAGAAAAAAAGGGAUAUAAAAUACGAAUCAACCUCUUAAAUAUCAUCCCAUUCCACGUUGCUCGUUAGGCUGUUAGAAUAAGCAUUUUUACCUAGUACUUAAAGGUAGGAAAGUGUCAACAGCAGCCAGCCUUUGUGUCCAGAAUUGUGGACCCUCAGUUUUGGACAUCGUGUUAUCUGAUGAGCAAGUAAGCAACACAACAGAGCCUAAUGCGAAUACUUUUAAAUACGACCCAUUCAUAAAAGAUCUUGUUUACGUGUUUUGGCUAGACCAUCUAGGGAUUAUUCUUCUGACGGAAUGGCUGUACACAUGUGCAGCUCCAGCCAGGCAUACAUUUAUAUUGCAAGUUCCUUUAGGCAGGGUGUGGUGGGAAUGUUACCUUUGUGAUAUGGGAGAGCAAAUGUGUUCCAAAUUCAUCCCCACACUCCAAGGUUUUUUUUGUUUGUUUGUUGUCCUUAAUUCCUGUGACUUGUUACGCAUUCAGGAACAGGAGGAGAAAUUGCCAGUGAUCAGUUUCAGGUACGAAUUCGAAAGAGCGAGCAAGAAAACCUACACCAAAGAGUUUUAAAGCACGCUUAUAGUCCCAAUGCUAUAUUUUAUUUCCAUCUUGGAAAAUAACCUAAUUUUCAUAAGAAAGUCACGAUCAAAAUGUGGUUUUAUUUUGGAAAAACGUGAAUGAUAUUCCUACAGAAAUAUGGAUGUUUACUAUAAUGACAAACAGGUUUACUGAAGCUUUUGCAGUUGGAAAUGCCAUAGCAAUAAUUAGUUCAAAAUUUUGGACCUCAGACACUGUGGCUGCCUAAUGUAUACUUUUUACAUUUAUAUUGUUAAUGCAGUGUGCUUGUUGUUCAGCUGUUGGUAAUUUUUUUAAAAGUUUAUGGAAAGUAUAUUUAUUGAAUAAAAGUUUCCCUUAGUUAA